GACUGGUAUUGACAAAAAAUUAAAGGCAUCUCUCGAUGAACAGCUUAGUAGUUGAGUCUUCAGUGUUUGGACAGAGAAUAAUAGUGAUUGUUUACGACUGAAGGUAGCUCUAAGUGCUAUUCAACCGACAAGACAAAGAUGAGACUCACGGCUCAGGUUAUCCAGGAUGCACCAACUAUAAUCAAUCCCGAAGGACAGCUUACCAUACAGUUACGUAAUUUGAAAAUACCGUAUUUAGAGAAUCUAGGGAUAACUAAUGAUAAGUUUGAAGUAAUUGACUUUACUAAUAAUGACUUGAUUGAAUUGGGUAAUAUCCCGCCAUCUUUCAAAAAACUUGGAACGUUGCUACUAGCCAAUAAUAAUAUAACGGUGAUCAAUUCGUUUGGUUCGAAUGAUUUGGUCAACUUGUCAUCCAUUUCGCUCAUUAAUAAUAAUGUGCAAUCUUUUGCUGACAUUAAGCAUUUGCAAAACUUGAAAAGCCUCGAUAAUCUAGCAUUGCUCAAUAAUCCAAUCACCAGUCAUGAGCAUUAUCGAUUGUUUGUUAUUUGGUUAUUACCAUCGCUAAAAGUUUUAGAUUUUGCUAAAGUCAAGCUCCGAGAAAGAAAACAAGUUGCUGACUUAUUCGGAGACUCCUUUACCCAUCCAACUAGCUUGGCCAAGUCGCUAUUGGGAAUUGCAUCCAAUAACCUGCUCAUUACCUCAAAAGAAGAAAGACAAUUGGAUAGUACCGUUAAGAAAUUGACCGAGGAUGAUAGAAUUAAACUCCUACACGAUUUAGAGUCCGCUGACAGUAUCGACGAAAUCGAAAGAAUCGAAUCGGCCCUAAAAAAUGGUUAUAUUUGA